AUGGGGCCGGGUAGGCUAGCCUGGUGGGAAGGCUCAAGGGUCUUGGCCGGGUCAUGCUGGCUGGCUGGUCCACCACACCACACCACUAUCCGUACCUGCCCUAUCCCUCAUCGCCUCCUCGUGCUGCUGCCUCCCCCGUGGACACAAGACCUUCCCUGCAUCGGCCCCAGCUUUCAGCAACGGCAGCAGCACCAGCAAGAGCACGAGCACGAGCAAGGCACUGCCCCACAGAUCAACCUCGGUCACAAGCACGCGCACACACACCAUACUCCAUACACACACGGCACACGGCACACGGUUUGCGCUGGGCCUGGCUGCUAG